UUGUGCUCUGUUUUAACGAGGCUUUCAUGCAGCAUCAAAGGUUUAGUAUUCGCAAAUGAAAACGCCAAGCGAUUGUUCGACGAUCUACUGAAUAAUUACAACAAAUUACGACGGCCGGUUAGGAACCCGCAUGAUGUCCUGACCAUCCUGCUCAAACUGCGUCUCUCCCAGAUCAUUGAUGUGCACGAGAAAGAUCAAAUAAUGACCACUAGCGUUUGGUUGCGACAAGAGUGGACCGACGACCAGCUGAUGUGGGACCCAAAUCAGUACAGCGGUGUCAGCGUGCUGUAUGUGCCUGCCGAGAUGAUAUGGCUUCCGGAUAUCGUUCUAUACAACAACGCUGACAGCAAUUUCAACAUUACAAUCACCACCAAGGCUACGCUGCACCACAACGGCCUAGUGAUCUGGGAACCGCCGGCGAUCUACAAAAGUAUGUGCUCCAUCAAUGUCGAGUGGUUUCCGUUCGACGAGCAGACGUGCCACCUGAAAUUUGGUUCCUGGAGUUACACCAGUAAGGAACUGGAUUUGCAGCACUUGGACGGCAACGUGGAGUACGUAAUGGAAAAAGACGAGCGGGACAACACCUGGUCAAAUAUUUCCGUCCUCUGGAACGGCAUAGCCAAACGUCAUGGCAAAGCGUACCCUGCCUGCUGUCCUGCAACUCAGACGUUCAUCGACAUCACCUACUACAUAAACCUGCGACGAAAGCCAUUGUUUUACACGGUGAAUUUGGUCUUUCCGUGCGUCGGCAUAUCGUUCCUGACAAUCCUCGUGUUUUACUUGCCGAGUCAUAGCGGAGAGAAGAUCUCUUUGUGCAUAUCCAUUCUCGUCUCUCUCACCGUAUUCUUCUUACUUCUAGCGGAACUGAUCCCAGCAACAAGCACUGCCUUGCCAUUGAUUGGUAAAUACCUGCUUUUUACCAUGGUAAUGGUCACUUUGUCCAUAAUCGUGACUGUAGUGGUGCUGAAUUUGCAUUUUCGGACUCCUACCACGCAUCGAAUGCCUAAGUGGUUAAAAAUUAUCUUCCUUCAGAAGCUGCCAAGAUACUUGUUCAUGCGACGACCGCUGGGGAGCGAAGAUUCCCUUCGAUGCUUAGAUACCCACCGAAAUUUUCGGAAAAAAUCGGUUUUCCAGAAAACGUUCAUCGAUGACGACGGGAUAAUCCAAAGCGCACAAGAACCGGGACAGAUGCCCACUAGGCCGCAGUAUCUGCAAGUCCCGGAAGCUGACAGUGCACUGUGCGAGACGCUGGACAAAAUGAUUAUGAUUCCGCCCAUUCAACGAGCCUGCGAAAACUUAUGCUUCAUCGCAAAGCUCCUACAGAAGAAGGACAGGGACGACAAGAUCGACGAAGACUGGAAAUUCGUAGCGGCAGUUCUAGACCGGCUGUUCCUGUGGAUUUUUGCAGUCGUCUGUUUCCUCGGAACGCUCAUUAUUUUAUUACAGGCCCCGUCGUUCUACGAUGACCGAGUUCCGUACGAACCACGAUUGCCCGUUCUUUAA